UCGGGCGGGCAGUCUACGCGCGUCGGUGGAGCGGCGCGGACCGAUAACCCGUGGGUGAAACAUCGUGCGCUUCGAACACGUCGCGUGUGAUUGUGCUUUUUUAUUUUAAUUUUUUAUCUGUGAUUGUGUGAGGAUUUUUAUUUACUAUACAGAAAACUUCAUUCAGCAAAACUCCGGAGGCGUAUCUCUAGGACUGUUGACAAAGUUUGGCUGUGAAUCAACAGAGUAAAUACGAUUUCGCAUGCGACCUGCAAGCUAGCUGCUAAGAAACCAAAGGGUUCCGUACCCCAAACCAAAGAUGAGACGGGUGUCGUGGGUGGUGGCGCUUUUAGCGCUUUUAGUCGCCACGUUAGCAGAAUCCACUGACGAACAAGUAAAGAAUGAGUCAGUGGAAAGUGCGAGCGUCUCGACGGGGAGCUCCCAGGAGGAAGUGGAGGAAUCCAAGGCCUACAUGAGGACUCCAGCGGUUGGCGGAGUAGCUGUAAGAAGUGGGGAGGAUGCCCUCCUCACAUGCGUCGUGCUAGGAGCCAAAGGUCGGCCAGUGUUAUGGAGGAGGGCCAAAGACCUUCGAGUCCUGACUGCAGGCGGCGUCAGAGUGACCAGGGAUGAUAGAGUUGAGGUUCUUCAUGAUGAUACUGACGAGCCUCUCCCAGGCCCUGGUAUCGCGAAGGGUGGCGACGUGUGGGCGCUAGUCAUCAAGUCUGUGAAGGCAUCAGAUGCUGGGCUGUACAUGUGCGAGCUGAACACAGAGCCUCCUGUCAGGAGCUUCCAUAAACUAACAGUAAUAUCAAGAGGGCUGACUCCACCAGAGAACCAGAACGUCACUGACAGUUACUCAGCCAACAUCCCGACGCUCUCAUCGCUGGCUCUGUCACAUAACUACACCGACUGCUGCGUCGCUGCCAACGUCACCAAGACCUGCCUCGGCUUCUGCAGCAUACAGACCAUCCUGGAGGGUACGGGACAAGACCCUGAGACCUGCCAGCCUGAUUUUCCUGCUAUUGUCAACGCGUACGUGCGCUGGCGUCGCACGGUAGUCGUCUCCCCGCAACCGAACUGUUCUUCCACAGAACUCCUUCCGAGUCCACCAGAAGACGUGGAAGUGGAUCCUCUAAAUGAAAAGCAAUUAAACGUAUCCUGGAGCCCUCCAGUAGAGAACACAGACUCAGUCAUAGAAUAUGUAGUAAACGUGACCACACUGCGGUCCUUUGACGCCCAUUUAAUAGACCCAUCAGAGAGCUCCAUCAAAAACAAUGACACUAUGAAGACAGUUCUGCCUAUGACGUAUAAAGUGCCUCCAAAUAAAACGUACUUUGUGGUCAACGAUCUGCUGCCGUUCACGAUGUAUGAGAUCACGGUGACGUCAUACAAUAUCCAUGGAUCCAGCUUACCUAGUUAUGCCAUCAGGUCUCUUACCCUGACUCCUGGAAAGAUGAAGUCUACGGAUGUAGCGGCAGCCCCCAAGUUGCCAGAUGUUCGUGGAUGCUGCGUGGCUGCGGGAGUCAACCAUUACGGUUGUGUCGACAAACUCUGUGACCCCACCAAGACCUUCGAAAUUGCACUGCAGGUAACAGACUUGAUGAUCUGCGCUCCCUGGGCUGGUGUGACCUUCGGGUGCCUGGCCAAUGGCAUGGACCAUACUCCGUGCUGUCGGUCUAAAGGUCUACCGGAGUCCUGUCUCCCGCUGUGCAGUGGGAACAUCACCACUCUUGACUUCAAUCACUUCAAGUGCCUUCGCUACAUGAACUCUUACACCAACUGCCUCCUCCGAGGCUACGGAGUCCUCCCUGGAGCUCCCUCGCGUCUGUACCUGACGAAUAUCGACACAGACUAUGCUGUGGUGCACUGGUCGCCUCCUGCGGCCCUGGCUGAUACCGUGCAGUAUUAUAAUCUUCAUUACAAGACUCUGCAGGCUGGAGAUGAAUACAGGGUUCUGGAAAAGGUACACUCACCGUAUAUCUUAGAGGACCUGGAGUCGAACAUGGAUUAUGAAAUCUAUUUGGAAGCUGUAAACGAACACGGAGUGGGAGACGCUUCUCCAAGACUCAUUUUUAGGACACAGAGUCAAGUAAUAGAAGAAGAAGAAGAAGUAGCGAACUCAUACAACGUGACAGCGUGUUGCGAGCGUGUCCAGCUGGCAGGCGUGUGUAUGCCGCUGUGCUCGUAUGACGCCAAGAUGUCCGACCUGAGGAUGCUCGCUCCGCUCUGUGCGCAGGACUUCCACAAGCUGCUGAGAUGUGGUGCUGGAGGCCGCAACCACGAGCAGUGCUGCGCGCGGCGCGGCGUGCCCGGCGCCUGCCGCGGCGUGUGCGCCGGCGCGUACAGCGGGGGGGUCAACUCCUGCGUGCCCUACAUCGGGAACAUCGUGCAGUGCUUCGAGGAAGGUACCGGUCUUCUACCAGGUCCUCCAAGGGAACUGCAUGCCCUGGUGAACUCCAACAGCGUGUUCCUGGACUGGAGCACUCCUCAGGACGGAGCCAACGCCACCUCGUACGUGGUCUACUGGCAGAAGAUAGACAAUAACUCGCAGCCCUACAGCUACAACACCAUGCAGAGUACUUACAAUAAACUUAACGUAUCAGACACGUUAACCCACAUCAAUGACCUGGAGAAGAACAGCACCUACCACGUGUUCGUGGUCGCCGCCAACGUCUACGGAGAGUCACUGCCUUCUAGCAUGCUACUCUUCAACGUGUCUGAGACUGAAGAGAAGGAGGUAGCAGGAAUCCCGUCGCCACCUCACUCUCUAUCCGUCUCCUCUCACUCGGCAACAUGGCUGACUUUGACCUGGCAGCCUCCACAGUUCUCACAACCUGAUGAGAAGAUCUCAUACACAUUAUUCUACAAAUCACCAUCUCAAUUAAGCCAGACCAACGUGACAAACAUUACUACGACAGUGCCAGGACAUACGCUGGAGAAGCUGGCACCAAACACCCAGUAUGUCAUCUGGGUGAAGGCCCAUGCUACUGCUGGAGACUCACAACCCUCGGAGACGUUACUGGCCUGGACUGAUCCAGCUUACCCUGCGUAUGUUGAGCCCCCAUCAGUGAACCCAGUGAACCUUGUAGUAGAAGGAUCCAGUAUGACCAUCCUCUGCAUCGCCAUGGGAACACCCACACCGACCAUCUCAUUGUACAUCUCUGGUCGCCUCGUCCGUCAAGAAGUGACACGUCACAUGGUAACUGUGAUCCACAACGUGACUAGAGACAUGGAUCAAAUAUCCUGCUACGCCGACAAUGGAUACGGCACUCCCAUGCAAGCCUCUAGAAAGAUCAACAUCUCACAUGUACCUACAAUCCAAGCGUCUGGUAUCACAAUGGCAGCUGCUGGAGAUGCCGUGAUCCUCGAGUGCCGAGUGGAAGCCCUGCCUAAACCUACCAUCGCAUUCUGGAGGGAUCCUAAUGGCAGAACUCCUGUCAUUGAUGGCCCUAACUACACUAUACAGCUGUUGGCUGAUCCUGAGGAACAAACCAAGUACACGAUGCGUCUGAUAAUAAAGAAGAUAGCGGAAGCAGACGAAGGGGACUACUUCUGUCACGCGGAGAACGCGUUUGGAAAGACUUUGAGACCGGUCUCUGUGAGACUCAGGCCCACCAUGCCUCACCAUAAUGUCACAGCAUGCUGUACACAAAUGAACGUGUCAUCAUACUGCAUAGACGCGUGCAGCUUCCACCUGGAGAUGGACAACAUCAUGGACCGUCCCGAGUGCAUGAACGACUUCGACAAACUCAUGAAGUGUGCUGCUGAUGGAUCUGACCACCGUAGUUGCUGUGCAUCAUGGGGUGUACCCCGUCAGUGUCUGGAAUUAUGCCGUGGCGGCGUGGUAUCACGCUCCUGUGCCAUGCAUCACGCGCGUCGUGCGCUGGCGUGCUUCAGAGACGCCGGUCCACGCCUCCCUGGACCACCACGAAACUUGCGCGCGCAUCAUGCGCCCACACCCAACUCUGUACUGCUCAGUUGGGAGCCUCCACUAAAGAAUCCUCAGACGGUAUACCUGUACCGCGUGUUCUGGCGAGCGUACGGUGCCAAGGUGCCGGAGAAGCUAGACACCAGCGAGACCAGCGUAGUACUGACUGGUCUGCAGGACGAUGUCAAGUACGAGUGCGUGGUCAAGGCAGCUAAUGAUGUUGGUACAUCCUCAUUGAGCUCGCCGAUAAUGUUCACGACGGCGGGCCAGGAGACUGGCGCCGCGGCCGCGCCCGUCAACAGCGGCGGCGCGGCACCGGCUGUAGGCGUCGCCGUCGCAUGCCUACUGGUGGCUGCCAUACUACUCGCUGCAGGCUUCUACUAUAGAUAUAGGAAGAAUCUUAGACUUAAAGCACAAGGAGGUGUAGCAUUUGAAAACCCAAGCUACCUCAGGGAACCAAAUCCUGAUACUGCCGUCAACGGUACAGUGCCGAAUGGCACCGCUAAUGGCUCAAAUGGCACCAACGGUGUGGCACCAAUGGCCAAUGGUGUGUCAAAUUCAGCGGCCUGGAGACAGGAGACCCUGAAUAACCCUGGAACUACAAUCCCGAACGCUCGGGAGGUAGACCCGACGCUGUACGAGGAGCUGAAGUUAGGGCACGACGGGGCAGGGUUCAAGAGACUGAAGCCAUAGCCCGAGGUUGCGCGUCGCUCCCCGCUCCGCUCGCCGCGGGUGGCGCCGCGCUACUGAGCGACCACAGCGCCGCCCUCGCAUACACUACGCAACACGACAUUGUUCUUACUUUCUCACUCCAAUGAUUUCAUUCUUAAUUCAAAGUGACAAUUGUUUUUUUAAUAACGUGAGUUGUAGAUACAUUUAAAAAUUUCAUUCCAUCGGUAAUUAUUUUGUAAAGUUCUGUGCAAAUAUUAUGUCUACCUUUUUAAAAUGUUUUUUUUAAAUGACAGUUAAAUUCAAACGAUUCGUGUUCGAAAAAAGUGAGCGAGUGAUCCAAUAUCGCGUACAUUGAACUGUAGUGUUUCUGUAUAUUCAGAUAGUUGAAGUGACGGAGCGGAGUGUAGAUAAUAAAAUAUUACGUAUAAUAAUAAAAAAAGUAAUUAUAUUUUCAGUAUCGUACUUGUUGUGAUUUUAACCAAAAAAAGAAGACCUCAUACCUUCUUGUCAUUUCAUGUAAAUAUUUAUAACUCGCCAACGCAGUGGCUACAAUCAUGUUACUGUAGAAUGAUUUACACUGUCGUUGGCUGGUAUUAAGACGGAGUUUCUCUUACGCGUUCGACACAAAAAAAUACGUGCAAUAAAAACAGAACAGUUCCACAAUUAUUUGUAAAUAUUGAAUAGCUUUUGUGGGAACGCGUGUAAGAAGUUUCGUCGUGAAGUUCUGUAGAUCACUAGCUUCAGAUAAAGACAGAAUAAAAUUAGGUCAUUCUAUAAACAAAGAUGUGCCUUCAAAUGUUUUAUGAACUAAUUAGUGAUAGCUUAGUUACCUGUUCGGCCUGUAAAUUGUAUCUAGUGUAAAUAUAUGUGUACACUAACGUUCAAUAGUCAUUUUGUACAGAAUUUGAGAAAAGUCGAUAAAAAAAAUUUGAAAAAACAGACCUGGAAUUUUUUAGUCAAAUCGCAACAAAAAAGGUUUGACUUAUCGAAUAAAAGACUUUUCUCUGUAGUAUAUUAUUAUGAAGUAGUUUUGACAAGUGAUUCUGAAACAAUCUUUGUAACAAACAAUAAAUAUUUAGGACAUUUUGAUAAAAUAUAAAAAAAACAACUAAAAGUAUUGUAAAAAAGUUUUCGGAUGGCUCUGCCAUAUCAGUUAAGAUUAUUUUGUAAUAAAAUAUGAAAUGUUUCCUUUCGUUCUAAGUAAAGAUCAUGACCUAAUUUCGAUAUAAAAAUAAAAUCUUGGUAAAUCACACUAUGUAUGUACGUCACUUUUUAAAUGAAUUAUUUUUUUUCGUUAAAAUGAUCUCAUUGCUGACCAUUCCAUUGUUUGUCGCCUUGAAGGUUAAAAAAAACUUGAUUGUUACAACAACAAUAAAAAAAAUAUCAUUCUCUAUACGCGUAGAAGAAUCAUCAUCUUUAUUUUUUAAAUAAUUUUCUUUUAUUUGAAAGAAAAUACAUUUUUUAAGAGAAAAAAAAGUAAAGAAGUAUUUUUAAAUAAGAAAAAAAAGUGUACGAAUAAAAAAUGUCUCCUUUGGUAAACUAUGGCCUAAAUCUCGUACUACUCUCAAAUAUCUUGGACAUAGUGUGAGGAAACAUUGCUCAGAUGUGAUUGAUAGUUUAAUUUAGCACUUCUAUCAAACUAAUUGUAUAAUUUAGAUGAACAAAAGGAUGUGAUUAGAUUUGUAAAUAAUAUUAAUAAAAAGGACAAAUAUGUU